CCAAGCCAUGAGCCGUAAAACCAUAUUCUGGAGCCUGCGUUGUACGUGCAACUCACCCCACAGAGCUCUUAGUAUCGCAAGGGGUGCUUGCCAGCUUGUCACGUCGAGCCAUGAAUGCCAACGUGCCUAAGUUUGCCUCCUUCCGGCCAAAGCCAAAGGCGCCAGCAGCCCCUCCUGGAGCGCCGGCUCGACACGAGAAACAGGAGCGGCCAGAAAAGCCUCCAAACGACAAGAAAUCCAAGUCUGCGAUUCCAAAAAGAAGACGUUCACGAACUCCGGAGAGGGACCAUGGUGACUUGUACUUUACCGACAGAAAGGGAGACCCGGCCAACCUGAAAUACGGGAGUCUGGACCGGCGUCAAGUUCCAUCCUAUCGACGUUUUGGAAGUGGCUUCAUUCUGGGCGUCACGGGUGACAGGAGGAUUGACCGGAGCCUAACUACUGAAAAGGAGAUCGUCUUGACGCCCCCGGUAUCGAAUCGUAAGCCAGGGAGGCUUUUAACGUCGAAACAAGCCUUCAAGGGUAGCGUGCAAUCUACGCAUUUCAUAAAACCAGACGCGAACGUGGAGCCGAACCAUGACUUAGACUACAUCAUCCUCCCUAAUACAAGGCGGGGGAGAUGUAGCUCAGAUACGGUCCUCUAUCCCUUAGGGGUUGAAGCCAAUUAUCGCUCAAUCUCAAGAAAAAGCGAUGUAGAGGAUUCAUCUGAUCCAGACACCAGAUAUGACUCGGACCCUGGAACCGAUGUCGUAAAUCCAGAGGUCACCGAGAGGAAUACUGUUCUGACAAAGAAGACGCGCGAACAUCCUGAAAGUCUCCAGCCCUGGUUGGACCUCGCCGACCACCAGGAGGCAAUGAUGAGAAUGGGUCGGGCAGAUUUUUCUGCCCAUCUCAGCGGCUCGGAUAAACGGCAUCUCGCAGAUAUCAAGAUCUCUAUAUAUGAGGAAGCCCUCAAAAAGAUUGGCACCAAUCGCGAAAAUCGGGUCCAGCUUCAGAUCUUACUCAUGACUGAAGCAUCGAAGCACUGGGACAGGGGGAAACUGGUCAGGAAAUGGGAGGAGAUCUUUGCCAAUCACGCCGACAGCUUGGAACUCUGGAUAAAGUACCUCGAUUUCGUGCAGACAAGUUUUGUUAGUUUCAAGUAUGAAAGCUGCCGGAUCACCUUUAGCAGGUGCUUGAAGGCCCUCCGUUCGGGGACAAAUCCUAUAUCGCCAGCGGCUUCUCUCCACCUCAUUAUCCGCAUGACGUCAAUGAUUAGGCAAUCUGGAUAUCAAGAAUUAGCCAUGGCCAUAUGGCAAAGUAUACUCGAGUUUCAUCUCAUGCGACCUGGCGAUAAGAAGAAUGAGGAGUCUCUUCGCCAAUUCGAAGAAUUCUGGGAGAGUGAAGUUCCUCGCAUCGGCGAAGUGAGCGCAAAAGGCUGGCGAUACUCGGAUCUGGAUGGCUCUGUACAACUUCCUCCUCAGAGUCCCUUGGCUUAUCCGGAGAAGUCGGCUUUAGACUUGAGGGUAUUCCAUAUGCAGGAGUUAGAAUGUAUGGACAAGCUACGGUAUGCUGGUCGUACGACUGACGACAUUGGAGAAGAUGAUCCCUUUCACACAAUUCUGUUCUCAGAUCUGGAUGAAUACCUAUUGUGCAUACCACAGGAUACUCCCGAUGUUCUUCUAGUUGGGGCUUUUCUCUGCUUCUGCCACCUGCCUCCACUUGCUCGAACCCCAUCGGAUUCCCAGAUAUGGCGCCUUGAUCCAUUUCUCCACGUCGAGCUGCUCGGCUCCCGUGAGACUCAGUGCGAACAAUCAAGCUCAUUUUCGCAAGCUCUGAGCCUGUUCAGAGACUCACCUGCUAUAAAUUUCCAGAUGACGACAGAGCUCCUCAUUGACCAAGGUUUUACCACUGUCCAUGAGUCUUUUGACGCGGUAUUCGUUCAGCGGGUGCUCAAACUUCUUGCAACAGAUGUCACACGCGAUGAGAUUCUUGGAGAAUAUCUCCUUGCAUUUGAGUUCAAGUAUUUUCCCUCCGCGGUCUUCAAUACUGCAAAGCAACUCCUCAAAGCGCGACCAACAAACUUCCGUUUGUACAAUGCAUAUGGUCUAGUUGAGUCCCGUGGUGGGAGCGGCAAAAGAGCAGACAAUGUUUUCCGCACUGCACUCUCCAUGAACAAGAGUCAGAUUCCUUUUGCUGCGCCUGGGAGUCUGCAGCUCUUUGAUAGUUGGGUUUGGGAAGCUUUACGUCACGGAGACGAAAAGGAGUCAUUCUGGCGACUUGUGUCUCCAAAGGGACAAACGACUCAAGUGACGCAAGGGAAUGGCAAGGGACCCGACCAAUCUACUAUCCUGCGCGCUCAAACUGUUUUUCGCGACGGAAAAGAUCGUUCUCUUAUCAGUCGGGACUACUCAUCCGCUAUUCUCUUUACCUCACUUCUGGCCCUCUUGGCAUACCUGUCUAGCAAAACAAAUCCUAUCCCCGCUCUUGCAGUCCAUGCCAGUCUAUCUAACUGGUUCGAGGAACGAAAGCUCGGUGGUAGCCCUAUGGCAGAGCUACACGCUCAAGCGAUAGCCAAGCUCGUGACAUACUAUGCAUCAAACGCAGCAAUAGUCAAGCCAUCAUUCCUCCGCGGCGUCCUAGAACCUCUCAUAACUCGAUUUCCUAGCAACACAAUUCUUUUAUCCCUUUAUGCCGCGAACGAAGCCAGAUUUCCGAUCCACGAUCGCGUCAGGACCAUCAUGUAUCGAGAAAGCUCUGGAAGAGGCAACGAGAGCACCAUCGCUGCAUGGUUCUUCGCGAUACACUUCGAAAUGCGAAGAAGUGAGAUCACAGGCUCCACCGGCCAUUCGAUCCGCGCGAUAUUCAAAAGGGCUGAGGAGGGUGUUGGUGCCUACUGCCCUGGUCUCUGGUGCAGUCACGUCCUGUUCGAACUUGAGGAAGCAAGGAGAGAGAAGGCGAAGAGAGGGUUCAAGAAGCUGAGAAUGGAUGGGAAAAAGAGCAAGCAAGACAUUCAUGUGGAAGAGUGCAAUCGGAGGGUGAAGGAGACUUUCUUCCAAGGCUUGACGCAUUUGCCUUGGUGUAAGGAUUAUAUGAUGCUUGGGUUUACGCAUCUGAUGAAAGACGAUAUUCUCGCUGAUGAUGAAUUAAGGAAGAUUUACAACAUUUUGCUAGAGAAGGAGUUGAGGAUUUACGUCGACGUAGAAGAGAGCGAGGCUUAGUUUGCAGGCCGGUUACAUGUGCAUUCCCCUUCGAGAUCAUCGAAUGACACCCGGAGCGCUUGUCUGCCUACGCGAAACUAGUCGCCAAACAACGUGCAGGAUUACAUUACUACAUACCAUGCGUGC